AAACAGUGUAUAGGUUAGGCCUAUAUUCUGUACGAAGGUGCAGGCGUUGCGUAAUAGCUUUGGAAAGCUGAAAACUAGGCUAAAAGUAAAACUAAAAAAAUGAAAGAAGUUCGUAUUUUCUUAAAAUUGAAAAAUUAUAAGAGGAUAGUAAGAUUAUAAUGCUUAUCUUAGAAGUGUAAAUUAUAUUUUGAGAAAAAACGAGUGGAUAGUUUCUUCACGUGAGUUUCAAUGGGCCAUCAAUCUAGGAAUGGAAAUGGCAGACGAACAAGUUUCUUCGGUCUUUUUAGCCAUGUGAGAUAUGAACACCUUCUUGCUGGAGUUAGCGGUGGUGUUACAUCAACUUUAGUUCUUCAUCCGCUUGAUUUAUUAAAGAUUAGAUUUGCCGUGAAUGAUGGACAUUUGGCUGUACGACCUCAGUAUAAUGGACUGGUUAAUGCAGUCUCGUCUAUUUUUCGAGAAGAAGGUAUCCGAGGCUUGUAUCGUGGAGUUACACCAAAUUGCUGGGGAGCAGGCACGGCUUGGGGCUGCUACUUUUUAUUUUAUGACUCUAUCAAAACAUGGUUAUUGGAAGGAAAUUCCACAAGACAGCUUGGUGCUGGAAAGCACAUGUUGGCAGCAGCUGAAGCAGGAUUCCUGACUCUGAUUAUCACUAACCCCAUCUGGGUAGUCAAGACGAGGAUGUGUCUCCAGUGUGCUGGUGUUGACGUGAAUAUUCCUUCUUACAAACGAUACUCGAGCAUGGUUGAUGGUUUAGCUAAGGUUUACCGUUAUGAGGGAGUAGGUGGGCUGUACAAG